AUGUUGCAGGAUUUUUCUGACCAGAGAGACAUGGCCAAACAGUCAGCCAGUGCCGUCGCUCCUACCGGUUACAUGCCGUCACAGCAGUCCGACGGAGCUGCGGGACUUACAGCAAAUAAACCGGACAACGCCUCGUGCCCACCACUCGCCCCUCACGCGCACCCGGCGCCUCAGCCGCCGCCUCCGUGCAACGAAAGCAAAACUUUUUGUCCCACGGAAAAUAAACCAGGAGAACCGGAGACCAAUAAAGUCUAUGGGACGUUUAAAAGCACCGCUCCGGCGGUGCCUGGAUCCGUGGCUGCCAAUUCGGCCUUCCGGAAGGAUUCCGCCGGGUCGGCAACUGCUCAGGGGCGAGCAGGGUCUGUCCAGUACGGCGACCCGCUCCGGGCCACCACAGAGCAAAAUAACACAUCGAGCAACUGGACGGCUUUGAGUCAGACCACCAUCAUACUGGGAACAGAUGGGAACACGUCUGUUCAGUCCGGCGCCGUGGCGGGGGUAAAAAUAAUGAGCAACACUAUCUCUUCUCAGGCUGACGAUGAUGACGAGGGGGGAGAUGAAAACAAGGCCAGGGGAAACUGGUCCAAUAAACUGGACUUUAUUCUGUCCAUGGUUGGCUAUGCCGUGGGACUGGGAAAUGUGUGGAGGUUUCCAUAUCUUGCCUUUCAAAAUGGUGGAGGAGCUUUUUUGAUCCCCUACCUGACAAUGUUGGGCAUUGCCGGGAUCCCUAUCUUUUUGCUGGAGGUUUCUCUGGGCCAGUUUGCCAGCCAGGGUCCCGUAUCAGUGUGGAAGGCCAUCCCAGCUCUGCAAGGUUGCGGGAUUGCCAUGUUGAUAAUAUCUGUCUUGAUAGCCAUAUACUAUAAUAUUAUAAUGUGCUGGACACUGUACUACCUGUUCGCUUCGUUGAAGGGCUCACUGCCAUGGGCUAACUGUAGGAAUGAGUGGAACACGGUGGAAUGUAAGGACAAAGACAUUCUGCUCUUAGACUCGUGUAUCCUGCGGGACAGAAACAUCACCUCCAUAAAGAACUCCACUUUCUGUCUGUCUGCUAAUGCUGUGGGAAACCUGACCAAACUGCUAAAUGUUACUGCGGAUGGCAACAAGACUUAUGUCAGCCCCAGUGAGGAAUACUUCAAGUACAAUGUGUUGCACAUCUCUAAAGGGAUUGAAUACCCUGGAGACAUCCGCUGGCCAUUGGCAGGCUGUCUCUUCCUGGCCUGGCUCAUCGUCUACGCCUCUUUGGCUAAAGGAAUCAAGUCAUCAGGAAAGGUGGUUUAUUUCACAGCCACAUUUCCCUACGUGGUGCUGGUCAUCCUGCUGAUCAGAGGAGUGACCCUCCCUGGGGCUGGAGAUGGCAUCCUCUACUUUAUCACACCAAAGUGGGAGAAACUUAAUGAUGCAAAGGUGUGGAAGGAUGCCGCCACCCAAAUCUUUUUCUCGCUGUCAGCUGCUUGGGGAGGCCUCAUCACCCUCUCCUCUUACAACAAGUUCCACAACAACUGCUACAGAGACACCAUUAUAGUGACGUGUACAAACAGUGCCACCAGUAUAUUUGCCGGGUUUGUCAUCUUCUCUGUCAUUGGUUUCAUGGCACAUGAGUUGAAGGUGCCAAUAGAAAAGGUGGCAGAUGAGGGUCCAGGCAUAGCGUUUGUGGUCUAUCCAGAGGCUCUGACCAGACUUCCCCUGUCUCCCUUCUGGGCUAUCAUCUUCUUCCUCAUGCUGCUGACUCUUGGCCUGGAUACCAUGUUUGCCACCAUUGAGACCAUUGUAACCUCGGUGUCAGACGAAUUCCCCAAGUACCUGAGGAAACACAAGCCACUCUUCACCCUGGUCUGCUGUGCCGCCUUCUUCAUCCUGGGAUUUCCCAUGAUCACAGAGAGUGGAAUGUAUAUGCUGCAGCUGGUAGAUACAUUUGCCGCCUCCUACUCACUGGUGAUCAUCGCCAUCUUCGAACUAGUGGGAAUUUCCUACCUCUAUGGUCUGCAGAGGUUUUGCGAGGACAUUGAAAUGAUGAUUGGUUUCCAGCCAAACCGCUUCUGGAGAAUCUGCUGGGCCUUUGUGACUCCAACUAUUCUGACAGGCAUUCUGGGAUUGAGUCUGUACCAGUGGAAAGUGAUGACGUACGAGGACUACACCUAUCCCACCUGGUCUAUGGUGCUGGGCUGGCUCAUGGUAAUCUGCUCUGUCAUCUGGAUCCCCAUCAUGUUCGUCAUUAAGAUGCACCUGGCCCCUGGCACCUUAAUUGAGCGCCUGAAGCUGGUUUGUUCCCCUCAGCCAGACUGGGGUCCCUUCCUGAUGAAGCAUCGUGGAGAACGCUACAGGAACAUGAUCGACCCCCUUGGAACCAACUCCCUGGGUCUCAAACUGCCCCCAAAAGACUUCCAACUUGGCUCCUACCAGUAA